AUGACUCUCUCCGGCGGAUCUGAGUCUGCACAGCCCGCCGCCUUGCCUCUGGAGGAGGACGAAGUCGACGUAGUCGGAGAAGACGAGCCUGCCCGGCGGGGUCGCCGCGCCCGGCUGUGCACCACGGACCCGGGCUCCUCGGCCGAGUCCGGGGUGGAGUUAGACUGCUUCGAGUUGGACUCGUCCGGCGAGAGCGAGGUCGGCUUCUGCGCAGACGCGGCGCUCCCCGGCAGAGCGCCGGGCGGCUGGGUGAAGCCGCCCUACUCCUACAUUGCCCUGAUCACCAUGGCCAUCCUGCAGAGCCCGCCGAAGAAGCUGACGCUGAGCGGCAUCUGCGAUUUCAUCAGCAACAAGUUCCCUUACUACCGAGAGAAGUUCCCCGCUUGGCAGAACUCCAUCAGGCACAACCUGUCACUCAACGACUGCUUCGUCAAGAUACCGAGGGAGCCCGGAAACCCGGGCAAGGGAAACUACUGGUCCCUCGACCCCGCCUCGGAGGACAUGUUCGACAACGGCAGUUUCCUCCGGCGCAGGAAGCGGUUUAAGAGGCACCAGCCGGAGACCGGCAAAGACGGGCUGGUGUUUUACCCGAACUUCAGCUAUUGCGCGCCUUACGCGCACCAGUGCUGCGUCCGGGGCCAAGCGAGCAGCCCCCCGAUCCACUACAUGCCCCUCCGGGAGAGGACUGCGCUUCCUACUUCCCCUUACCGCCCGGCCCGUCCGAGUUCGAACUGUCACGCGAAGGUCGGCGCGCAGCGUUGCCUAGCAACCCCCGCGGAGCCCAAGCCCGUGCGCGGCGCGCAGGCCACGUGUUCGUUUAGCAUCGACAGCAUCAUGAGCAGGCCGCCUCUGUCCCCAUCGCACAGCUCGGGUGCUCGGCACGUCCUCCUUCGACCAGUCGCUUGCGGCCAUCUGCUGGCGGGCCCUCCUGCCACUUCGCCUGCGAGUCUUCUCCAGUCCCGGAGGACUCCGUUCUGUCCGCCUACGACGAUGAGUAACGCUGCCCCCUCACUAACGGAGCGACUCCAACUGUCGUGUUCUCGCUGUUAA